AGAAACUAAUCUGCAGAAGAUAAUCAGAGAGAAGUACGACGGAGAACUGCUGGUGGGUCAGGCUGCGAUAGUACCCGUUGGAAAAGAAAACACAGAUGACCUUCAAGACGGGCCGCAGGCAGAAGAACGUAUUCCAGUCAAGUUUUUGAUCUAUGCUCCAAGCAUGCGAUCUAUUGGCAUCAUCACCAACACACUAAACGCUUACUUGGCAUUUAAAGCUGUCAUUUUAGCAAUCAGCAAACACAACAGGACGCCGGAUGUGAACAAAAUCAGACAAGUGUUAGUGCCAGGGUUUGGAACUGGACCAGGUGGCAUGCCCAAGGACAGAUGUGCGUGGCAAAUGCUUCAAGCCUACGAGACACACGCCCUGGGCAAACACAGGCUACGACUGGUACCGACAUGUUUAGCAAACGUGGUAACUGAUGAAUUCAAGAUGUUGCAGGUAACAUUUUUAGACGUUGAGGUUCUCCCCUCGG